CCCCCCGCAGACCCUGCCCGGAACCACACUUGGCUGUGAAAACAUCCUGCCGGCCUCAAAAUCGCAGAGGAGCUGCGGGUGCGGGCGUCCCCUCCAGCGGGUGACUGACUGACGGGCCGCUCGGUGGUAACGUUAUGGACGUGCGGACCCCGUGCGAAGCAGCGUGUUUCCCGCAUUCCCCAAAUGGCGGAGUGAGCGAGGAUGCGACUCCCCAGUUCCAUCUUUGUGUCGGUGUCUCUGUUCACGGCCGAGACCACGGCAGCGCUCUACCUCAGCUCCACGUAUCGCUCAGCUGGAGACCAAAUCUGGCAGGGGCUCACGCUCCUCUUCACGCUCGUGCCGUCCGUGCUCGUGCAGCUGACCCUCACCUUCAUCCACCGGGACCUGAGCAGAGACAGACCGCUCGUCCUGCUGCUGCACAUCCUGCAGCUCGGACCCGUCGUCAGGUGUCUGGAGGCGUUCUGUAUCUACGGCAGUGUGGGCCGUGUGGAGGAGCCUUAUGUCAGCAUCACCAGGAAGAAGCAGAUUCCUCGCAGGGGUCAGUCUGAGGAGGUGGAGCGGCAGGUGGGGCAGGCGGAGGGGAAACUGUUUACGCACCGAGCAGCCUUCGCCCGUACCUCUGUCAUUCAGGCCUUCCUGGGAUCAGCCCCCCAGCUCACCCUGCAGCUCUACAUCUGCGUACUGCAGCAGGGGGUGUCCAUCGGAAGAGGCACACUGAUGGUGAUCUCCCUCCUGUCUAUUGUGUAUGGAGCGCUGCGCUGCAACAUCCUGGCCAUUAAGAUCAAAUAUGAUGACUAUGAAGUGGACGUCCGGCCCAUGGCUUAUCUCUGCAUUUUCCUGUGGAGAAGCUUUGAGAUCGCCACUCGUGUGGUGGUUCUGGUUCUGUUCAGCUCUGUGCUGCAGCUCUGGGUCCUGCCCGUGGUUCUUCUUAACUUCCUGGUUUUCUUCCUAUACCCCUGGAUCCUGUUCUGGCAGAGCCACUCGCCGUUCCCUGAGAAUAUCGAAAAGACUCUGACCAGGGUGGGAACCACAAUCGUGCUUUGCCUGCUCACCUUCCUCUACGCCGGCAUCAACAUGUUCUGCUGGUCAGCCGUGCAGGUGAAACUCAAUGACCCGGACCUCAUCAAUAAGUCCCAGAACUGGUACCGCAUGGCCGUGUACUAUAUGUUGCGUUUUGUGGAGAACGCCUCGCUGCUUCUGCUGUGGUACAUCUAUAAAACAGACUUUUACAACUUCAUCUGUGCACCGCUGCUGGUGCUGCAGCUGCUGGUUGCCUACGCCAUCGCCAUCUUCUUCAUGAUGGUCUUCUACCAGUUCUGCCACCCGUGUCGGAGGCUCUUCUCCUCCAGCAUGACCCAGGGCCUUUGGGACUGCUCCUCUCUUCUCUGCCUCAUGUGCAACUCUGAUUCGCCACAGAACAGGCCGAUGGGAAAGUCUGUCCUGGAGCCGUCGAGCCCGACCACACACAAAGAACCAGCGAAUGACAGAGUCCACGACACAGCCAGCGACACCACAGACGACAUCCCUAACGACACAACGUACGACAUGCUUGAUGAUACAAUCUAUGACACUCCUAAUGAAAUGGGCAAUAAUAUAGUUGGUGGAAUCAACGGUGACAUUGGCCACAUUGUAUCCUGCAAUGCCUGAAGCAUCACAACUGUUGGACCUGCCAUGCAGAGGAACGACCGUGACAGCUUUCAUACCCUCUGUAACCUUUUAAGUGCCACACGAAUCCCCAUGUGUGAGUUGAGUUUACACUUUUAAUCUCACUUUUCAUACAUCCAUCUCGACUCCGUUUUCUACCACUAAAUAUUACUCUCACGUGAAGCAAAUGUGUCCUUAAUUUUAGAUCUAUUCUGGCUGCAAACAUGCGCAGUGUUUCACUUGCUAUAGAGCUGGUGCUCACCCGUGUCAUCAGCCAACGUCCUGACCUGUCGUCCUGCAGCCUUUAUUUACAAUCAAAGACACAUGGACACCAACAUUACUUCUUUUAGUUUUGCGACUGUGUCCACUUAUAUGCUGCAUUAUUGAUCACAAGGAGCCAUGCAUUUGAACUGAUUGUAUUUAGUAUCCCUUUUAGAAUGGAGGUAUGCAUGUGUGGAGCCUCAGAUGAGGUGUAACAGUUAUUCCGCAGGGGAGGGGGGUCUGAUUUGUACAGUUUUUCCCUGAACACCCCCAUAGUUUUAUGGCUGCAAGCAACAAGCUUUUUUACUCCUCGAUAAGAGCUUUAUCAUUAAUAUGUGCUGCUUCUGUGAUGUAUUUUUGCUUGAGACGUGAUGAGACGUGACUCUCCAUACAUUGUUAAGAGCCUGUUCGAUCACCAAACACGUUACUGUAAAGCACGGACAUCUCCAAGUGUAAUGUUUUUGCACGUUUACAAAAGGGAUUUUAAGUGGCUUUGAUUCAACUGCUAAGCAGCUGCAGCAGCUGUAGUGAUGUGAAAUGCUUUGUUUGGAUGCAUUUGUAGUUUUCUAACUCAAGCUUGUUAUGUCUGUCAGCUCUGCGUCUGUAUGUCUCAUUAGUUACAAAAUAAUUACACACAUACAUUAUAUAGAAUAGAAAAAUGUCCACAAUUGUAAAAAGUAUUUUUGCUUAUUUUCAACCUUUGAAGUGUGUGGGAGAAUGUCUUUGUUUUUGCACUAAUUCUUUUUUUGCAAUGUACCUUCAGAGGGAUGACAGCCUCCAGUAUCCGGAUGUUUGUACAAAUAAGACAUGAAACCUUUUAAGCCAAAAAAAUAAAUAACUGAAAAACCUAAAAUAAACAUUAUCAUACAGAGCAAGAUCAAAAGGCAUUUAAAAAAUAAAAUCCUGCUAGAAAUAUCUAAAUAAAUUUAUAUUUAUAUGUGAAAAUUGUGUUUUCUUUUAAGCACUUACACACUGUCCUGGCUGCCGGGCAAGAUGGCGGACCAGGUGAACGCUUAUCUCUAAGCUCUGUCUGCUUGUCCCACUUUUAAAGACCCAUUCUCGCCGGCAAAGAACCCACCAGUUUCCAAAAAGAAAGACACGGGGAUAGAAGUUCGGAAGGUAUGUUUUCCGUCUUAGAAGCUAUUAAGCUGCUUACUGACAAGGUGGAUACAGUCGUUUCCCAGAUACACCAGAACUCCGUCAUGCUAACUAGCAUUGCUAAAGCAGUCGAAUUCAACGCUGCUGAAAUCAAGGAUUGCAAAACUCACCUACAAACCACUGAGCGGGAAGUAUCAGUGAAGAAAACCUAGGAAGAGCUAACAGAGCGUGUCCUAGACCUCGAGCGUUACAAGCGCCGCUGGAACCUCAGGAUUCGUGGGAUAAAAGAAAAAGAAGGUGAAGUUACUCGUGAAGCGGUUUCUACAUCAUGGGCUCCAAACAUUAACUACAUCGUGGACUCGGCUGGGACGACGCGAGGAAAACAAAACGAGGCAUUUCAUCGUCCAGUUCACCCAAAGAACACACCGAGACGCGCUGUGGAAGAUGACCAAAGAUUCAGCUAUCUGCAGGGAGCGGCUUCAUCGAAGACCUCUGUAAGGCAGACAAAGAGUCGCGAGCGAUGCUGUGGCCACAGAUACAACAAGCGAGAGCAGCCGGAAAAAGGGCUUAAUUCAAAGGUGGUGCUGGUUAUAUCAACGGACAGAGAAUUACUUAGCAGCGGCACACAAGGUAUAUUGCCUAUACUUGUGAAAAUGUAAUUGAAGUACUUCUUGUUUGUAACAAACGGGUUGGAUGGUUUAGAUUGACUUCUGGACAUUAAAAGGGACACUGCCUGUUACUUAGGCCUCCUUUUUCUUCAAUUACAGUUAGUUGAAGUUCAUUUUUUCUAGCGUUUGCUUGUUUGUUCUUAGAAUGAAUGUCGUUUUUUCUUGUAUUUCAAUUAAUGCUAGGGGCCUAAGGUAUAACACAAAAAGAAAAUCAAUAUUUUUAUUUUGUAAGGGCGAAAAAGCUAAUUUUAUUUUGCUACAAGAAACUCACUCAAAACUGGUGGAUGAAAAAUUCUGGAUAAACCAAUGGGGUGACCAAAUUCUUUUUGAUCAUGGUUCCACUAAAUCAGCAGGCUUAGCUAUUUUAUUUUCUUACUGACCGGGUAAAUUAGUAUCCUCAAGAAGAAGUAACAAUGGUCAUUGGAUAAUCUGUGUCCUGAGCUUUGAUGAGCAGUACUGUAUUCUUGUCAACGUCUAUGGCUUCAAUAACCCAAAUCAAAACAGUUUAUUUUGGAUGUUUCUGUUGCUAUUGAAAACCUAAAGUUAACUUAUCCUGCUGCAAAUAUAAUUAUGGGGGGCGAUUUUAACAUGGUUAACGAUGAAUGUCUUGAUAGAUAUCCUCCCAAAUGUCAAAACAGCUCUUUUAACCCAAUCCUUUCUGAUUUUUGUGGUACCCACAACCUAUUGAAUCCAUGGCGCCUUAAAUACCCUGACUCCCAACAAUUUUCAUGGUUCAAACCAAACAAUAAAGCAAAGUCUAGAAUAGA